AGCACUCGCAUAGUCACAUGCAGCUGGGGAAAGCAGGCAGGGGUCGGUGUCUUAGAAUAAAACGAGGCUAGCAGGGGAGAGGAGAAGCUUAGUGCCAUGGCCUUGCAGGCAUGGUAGGCUAGGCUAAGUACCUAAAUAGAUAUAUUUGGCUACCUUAGCUCUCCUCGAGACCAAUAUGGGGAGGCCACCGUGCUGUGACAAUGGUGGCGCCGGCGUCAAGAAGGGGCCAUGGACGCCGGAGGAGGACAUCGUCCUCGUCUCCUACAUCCAGCAACAUGGCCCGGGGAACUGGCGCUCCGUGCCUGAGAACACCGGGUUGAUGAGGUGCAGCAAGAGCUGCAGGCUGCGGUGGACCAACUACCUCAGGCCCGGAAUCAAGCGAGGGAACUUCACCCCUCAUGAGGAAGGGAUCAUCAUCCACCUCCAGGCAUUGCUUGGCAACAAGUGGGCAGCAAUAGCCUCCUACCUGCCCCAAAGAACAGACAACGACAUCAAGAACUACUGGAACACGCACCUAAAGAAGAAGGUGAAGAGGUUGCAACAACAAACACAUCCUGCAGAUCACUCCUGGAAGGAGCAGCCGACCACUGCCUCCAAUGCAACGGCAGCAACCACCAGCUCAAAUUGCUACAACCCUAUCAGCAACAACCUCGAUGAAGCCACGCAGGCCGCCAUGGCCUACCCUGACACCACCUGCAACGCUGUGCCUGCCACCAUGGCAGUCUCCAAGCUCUUCCAAUCUUGGAUGAUGAAGGCGCCAGCACCGGCUGUGGGAGACUACAGGGCUAUGGUGGCCAUGCAGGAGUUCCAGGAUGACCGGCAGACUGGUGCUGCAGUUUCUGCGAACAGUGGCGACAGGUCAUCGUCCUCAGAGAUGAUGGCAGGCCAUGGCGAGGCUCCCGUGGCCACCACUUUUUCGCUGCUCGAGAACUGGCUGCUUGACGACAUGGUACCGGGGCAGGCUGCCAUGGACGGGCUCGUGGAGUUCUCUGCUGGUUGCUAUGCAGAUCCUAUAAUGUUCUGAUAGUGUAUGUAUUGGUCUAUCUAGGUUUAUUUGCAUUACUACCGGUAAACCCCGAUCUUGUGUUUCCGGUUCAUAACCGUUGGUUUCAUUUGGGGAGAAUCCUGCAAAUAAUUCCCACUUCUAUUUGGAGAAACUAUUUUAUCAGUAUAAUAAAAGGGGUCAGUAUGAAGA